CAACUCACUGUGGUCCGAUGAGAAGUCACGUCCGAGGCACAAAAGGCGCCGCGAGCCGCACGGCGUUUAUAAACAGAGGCACAUUGCGCGUCCCUCCUCCGCGCUUCCUCCCGUAGUGGAGCGCACCACGUGCAUGCGGGGGGAUCAACGCACGCAGACCCGCUUCGUCCUGGCGUCCUCACGUGGCGGGUCGUCGCCUACAGCACACAUUUAGCGCCUGUUUGUGAUCUGAACGUAUAGAUGUGCCACGAGGAGGGAGGGGAGGAGGGGGGACGCCGCUCACGCGAGGCGGAGCUCUCCUCACCCCCUCCGCGCGCCACAUGGUCGCGUCUGACGUGUACAGAAGUACCAGCGCCCGGUCCGGAGCAGCACAGCGGCCCGGUCGGUCCAUCGAGCGAGCGGUGAUGAUGUCUGCCCCGUGCAUGUGCUCUCACAAUUUCAUUCCUUGAGCAUCUUCUGGAAAAGGACGACUGCCGCGCGCACAGACGUUUGGUGAUAAUGAAGAAGUGAUCCUCUUGGCUCCACUCGCUGAAUCUCCACAGACGCUCCCACAGAAGCAGCUCCAACGCGUGGAACCUGCACCUCCCGGCUGCCGACCAACACGUUCCGCCUUCGCCCCCGUUUGCUUUAUCAAAUGCCCAAAAACAGCAAGGCCGUCAAGAGAGAGCUUGACGACGAUGUCCAAGAGUCCGUCAAAGACCUGCUUUCCAACGAGGACGCCUGCGACGAGGCCUUCAAGAAGAGCUCGCUGAUGGUCGGCGCUGAUGGAGGCGACGGGAAGCGGCGCGACGCGGAGGACGGCGGCUCCGACGGCGGCUCCGACGGCGAGGAGGAGGAGCGGCCGGCCUGGAACAGCAAGCUGCAGUACAUCCUGGCCCAGGUGGGCUUCUCCGUGGGCCUGGGCAACGUGUGGAGGUUCCCCUACCUGUGUCAGAAGAACGGAGGCGGCGCCUACCUGGUGCCCUACCUCAUCCUGCUGGUGCUCAUCGGCAUCCCGCUCUUCUUCCUGGAGCUCGCCGUGGGCCAGCGCAUCCGCCGCGGCAGCAUCGGGGUGUGGAACUACAUCAGCCCUCGUCUGGGCGGCAUCGGCUUCGCCAGCUGCGUGGUGUGCUUCUUCGUGGCGCUCUACUACAACGUCAUCAUCAGCUGGAGCCUCUUCUACUUCUCCCAGUCCUUCCAGCAGCCUCUGCCGUGGCGCGAGUGUCCCCUCGUCAAGAACAAGACCAGUACAUAUGUGGUGCCCGAGUGUGAGAAGAGCUCCGCCACCACCUUCUACUGGUACCGCGAGGCGCUGGACAUCUCCAACAGCAUCUCCGAGGGCGGAGGACUCAACUGGAGGAUGACCGUGUGCCUGCUGGUGGCCUGGUCCAUGGUCUGCCUCGCCAUGAUCAAGGGGAUCCAGUCCUCCGGGAAGGUGAUGUACUUCAGCUCCCUGUUCCCGUACCUGGUCUUGUUCUGCUUCCUGAUUCGGGCUCUGCUCCUGAAGGGCUCCACCGACGGGAUCCGACACAUGUUCACACCCAAGCUGGAGAUCAUGCUGGAGGCCAAGGUGUGGCGCGAGGCGGCCACGCAGGUCUUCUUCGCGCUCGGCCUGGGCUUCGGCGGCGUCAUCGCCUUCUCCAGCUACAACAAGCGCGACAACAACUGCCACUUCGACGCCGUCCUGGUGUCGCUCAUCAACUUCUUCACGUCGGUGCUGGCCACCCUGGUGGUGUUCGCCGUGCUGGGCUUCAAAGCCAACAUCCUGAACGACAAAUGCAUUGCACUAAACUUCAAUAGGACUGUGACGUAUCUGCUGGAGAACGGCACCAGCCCCAGUCACCCGCUCCUCAGCGCCAGCGCAGACAACUACCACAAGCUGACGGAGAACUUCACGCAGUCGGACUUCCAGAGGCUGGGACUGGAUCCCUGCAGCAUCGAGGACGAGCUCAAUAAGGCCGUCCAGGGCACCGGCCUGGCCUUCAUCGCCUUCACGGAGGCCAUGACCCACUUCCCCGCGUCGCCCUUCUGGUCCGUCAUGUUCUUCCUGAUGCUGGUGAACCUCGGCCUCGGCAGCAUGUUCGGCACCAUCGAGGGAAUCCUCACGCCGCUGAUCGACACCUUCAAAGUCCGCAAGGAGCUCCUCACAGUGGGGUGCUGCGUCCUGGCCUUUUCCAUCGGGCUCCUGUUUGUUCAGCGCUCAGGGAACUAUUUUGUGGCCAUGUUUGACGACUACUCGGCGACGCUGCCUCUGCUCAUCGUGGUCAUUCUGGAGAACGUGGCCAUCGCUUGGAUCUACGGCAUCGACAAGUUCUUUGAAGACCUGAAGGACAUGCUGGGCUUCACGCCGUACCGCUUCUACUACUACAUGUGGAAGUACAUCACGCCCAUCCUGCUGCUGGUGCUCCUGUGCUCCAGCUUCAUCCAGCUGACCCGGACGCCUCCCAGCUACAGUGCCUGGAUCGAGGAAGAGGCCAGAGAGCUGACGCUGUACUUCCCCCCGUGGGGCAUCGUGGUGUGCAUCUCGCUGGUGCUCAUGGCCGUGCUGCCGGUGCCCGUGGUCUUCGGCCUGCGCUACUUCCACCUCAUCAGCGAGGACGCCGGCGGCCGCUCCACCGUCUCCUACAAGAAGGGGCGCAUCAUCAAGGAGACGGCGCAGCCGGGCGAGGACGACGACGCCAGCCUGAUCCAGGGCAGGUCCCCCAGCGAGGCGCCCUCCCCCCGGCCGGCCAGCAGCAUCUACCGCAAGCAGAGCAGCAACGGGGGCCCGGACGUGGACACGGCCCCCAACGGCCGCUACGGCAUCGGGUACCUGAUGGCCGACAUGCCCGACAUGCCCGAGUCGGACCUGUAGACUGAUACCAUAGCUGCUCUCCAACUGUUGACACUGAACCUUUGUGAGCUGAAGGCGUGGGAGUGGACGUCAUCCCCGUCCGACCCUGGGCUUUGAGGCAGCCUGAUUCUCUGUGCUCUGCUCCCUCCUGCACAUCCUGCAGGUGUAAGCAAUAAGGUGGACCCUCCACCAGGCCUACAGUGCCUGAGGAGGAGCGGGUCGGGGUUAGAGAGCUUCCGUCUGCUUUGAGUCCUCUGUAAGAGAUGACGCGUGAAACAUGAUCCAUAGCUGCUGGGAAAAGUCUGGGACGGAACCAGGACUGAAGGCGGAAGCGUGCCUAAGUCAUUUAUAUUUGUUUAUAGAAUACAAGACGGAUGCUGUAUAUUUGGGGUAUUCUGUAAAUAUAAUAUAAAUAUUUUAAAUAUAUUUAUGUUAAUAGUUUGGCUAUCAACACCAUGUUUUUAAGGUUCAGGAGUUCUUCAAGUUCGUAACUGAUCUGUUUUUUUUACUAUGUGCUCGAUGUCAGUGUUUGUGAGGAACACGUCCUCGCUGUAAAUAACUUUUUCCAUUAAAUGGCUUCAGAUGCAAAUGUCAAACGUCUUCUUCCUCCAUCAAGAUUAAAGAUCAAGUAUGGUCCAUACCCUCAAA